ACUGUGAGUCAAUUUGCUUCGUUCAGUCGCAUUGACAAGCUCUAAGUGAAUAGUUAAAGCAAAAUAUCAGCAACAUGAAAGCUAUUAUCAUAUGUUGCUCGCUACUGGGUCUGGUGCUGUUGAGUGGUCAGUCCCGCGCCACCGACUGCGACGAGGUCAAGAAUCCAGACGACAGCGAUUUUAAAAACUUUUUUAAGACCUUUGGCUGCAAGGUGAAACAGGGUGCUGGGGAGGUCGCCGAUGCGGCUAGGCCCUAUGCUGAAAAGAUUGGUGAAGGUGCCAAGGAUUUUUCUAGCUCUGUUGCGCAGAAAUAUGACGAGCUAAAACAUCGCCUCACCGACGACGUCUCCACACCAAAGUCCCCGAUCACUGGAAUCCCCGAUGCGCCCACAGAGCGUGUGCCUCUAGCUCCUAUUGCUCCAUCUUAUCCAGCUGAUAUUGCGAGCAGUCCCCAACCCAUUGCUGGAUAAAUAUUUUGAAACGCAUUUCCCACAUUUACAGGACUUACGUUUUUUUGGCUUACUUUUUUUUUGGCAUUCUUUUUCAUUUUUAUAUUUUUGCCCAACAAAUACAUCAAUUUAAGCAAA